AUGAGCUCGGUGGGUCGCGUACUGGCUGGCACGUGGCUUUGGGGCUUUGUUUUGCUCGUGGACCUCGUUUUGCUGAACAUGGUCCUGGCUAUCUUGAUGGAUGCUUAUGGGGCGGUGAAGUCGCAUGCCAGCGUCAUGACCACCGUCCCGCAUCAAAUCUCUGAGAUGCUUCGCAGGCGCCGCCUCACCCGAGAAAAGAAGAGGGUACGCUUGAGCGACAUCUGGUUCGCGUACCUAAACAAGUUUAAGGAUGCUGAGGAGAUGCUGGCAAGCCAGGCCAUGGUCAUGCCGGAAGACCUGGUGAAGCAGGUGCCAGGCCUCCAGAUGGCCCAGGCCAAGCGCACAAUGUCGCAUGCGAUGAUGCAGCAGGAUGACAAUGAUUCCCGCUACGGGGUCCACCAGAUGGGUCUGCAGAUCAAAAUGUGCAACAUGCGCGCCAAGAUCCUGCAGGAGGAGGUCCUGGCCAUCCGCUCGGCACUGGAGGAGGUGCGCCUGGCUGCGGAGCCGCUGCCCAGCCCCUCGCACCUGGGCCUGAAGGAGAGUACCGUCCGCAUCGUGGAGAUCCUGAAGACGAGUGUGGGUGGUCUUCGCGAUCAGGUGGACGGAGUGUUGCAGGAUGAGAUGCAGAUCCACGAGAUGCGGCAGUACCAGCUUCAGGAUGAGCAGCGUGCCAUGAGGCUGUGUGCGCAGGAUGCAAAGGCGAAGCUGAAAGCUAUGCUACGAAGACUGGAGGGGCUCAGCACGACCCUGGAAAAGCAUGUGACCAAGGAGCAGGUGACGUCCGUCUUUGGCAACGGCCGCCCCCAAGAGGGGGUGAGCCUGGCGCGAAGCCUUGCCGUCUGCUCUGAACCCACCAGAGGCCAGGUCACCAUGUCCUAG